GAUCAAGUCAUUCCCGCCGUCUACUGGGAGAGGCUAUGACUCAUUCUGAGCUCUAUCUCCAUAUCUCGUCUUGUCAUGUCCCACUCAACGACUAUGGAACCAGGGGAAGCGAUAGGAGCUGGAGAUUCUUGGCUCGGACUCAAUCUGCUCGAUGCAGAACUCGCGGAGGUGGCAUUUGACCGUUUGCGUUCCGAGGUAGCCUUUCAACGCAUGAAUCAUCAUGGUGGUGAAGUGCCGAGGCUGGUUGCUGUCGAGGGUGCUGUGGCGUCUGAUGGCAGCUUUCCGAUCUAUCGACAUCCGGCGGACGAAUCGCCUCCGCUGCACCCUUUCUCUCCAACCGUCCAGCUCAUUCGACAAUAUGUGGAGCAGGCAGUCAAGCAUCCCGUAAACCAUGUUCUCAUCCAACUGUAUCGCACCGGAGCGGACUACAUCUCUGAGCACUCGGACAAGACGAUCGAUGUUGUGAAAGGGUCGAAAAUCGUGAACGUCAGCCUCGGUGCCCAACGCACGAUGACUCUGCGCUUGAAGAAAGACAGAGAAAGUUCGCACCCGACAAACGAGCGCGACGGUGAAGAGGCGGGUAGUGUUCGGAAGGAACCCGGUCCAGCUCGCGAAACCCAACGCGUCCCCCUUCCGAAUAAUUCCAUCUUUGUACUUGGACCGGAGACCAACGCGAAAUGGGUUCAUGCCGUCAAUCAAGAUAGACGAUUGCUCUCCGUCAAGUCUGAACCAGAGAUUGCAUACGAAGGGGCGCGCAUCAGUCUUACAUUUCGCCGCAUAGGAACGUUCCUCACUGGGGAUCAGAGGCAUAUAUGGGGUCAAGGGGCAACAAGCAAGUCGCGUGAACUCGCCGCAAGGGUAGUCCAUGGAGAGGAGGCCAGCACAGCGCUUAUUCGGGCGUUUGGACAGGAAAACCAGAUGUUGGAAUUCGAUUGGAACUUGUGGUACGGUCAAGGAUUCGAUGUCGUGAACUUUGCACCCAAGUAACGGCUUGGAUUCUCGCGGCCGUGAAAACGGAAGCUCGCAAAUAAAAUGCCAUCUCUAUGCAGUCUUAGUCAAGUUCCGCCUUACGUCACCGACGCGGUCGCAGCUGCGACGCAACUUGAAGUUGCUUUGUGAAUCGGCUAAUGUCCAUCGGCUGCAUCUGUAUUGGGUACCAAUCGCUGCUUUCUAGUUACGCGCGCUGCUUUAUGGCUGGCUACUCUUUUACGCGUCUUGCUUUGUGCUGGCCGGCGGAAGAGCGGUGAAGGCGUUGCUCGCGAGGCCAUUGCCUGUGAUUCGAUGCAAGGAACAUUGGAAUCAGUGGAGGCAGAUCCGUGACGCUAGAGCUUGAAAAUCUUGAUUUUGGCGCGCAGUUUCAUUGAUCGCGUGGUUCAUACGUGUGAAGCCAGAGACAACAGAGGAGACAGCCGCGCCAUGUCCAUCAGUGUGAUAGUGAGGAGACGCGUCCCGUCACAUCGAGUAACGAGUCACCCCCCUUUCUUCUUCCCACCAUCUGCAAUCAUCUUCCUCCCAUUGUCCGCCCGAUUAGUCCUUGCUAUGAUUUAAAGACCUUCACGACACGUUCUGUAUUGUUAUCGCUCCCCAUGCCGUCCCUUGUAGCGCCUCAGCCUCGCGACUCCUCUCGCUCGCCUUCCGUCGCUAUUUAUUCAAUGCUGUCCCACUCAUCGCUGUGUGGAGCCAACACUCCACUUUCGCCAUCUACGGCAAUCCCUCCUCUUGUCAUGGUCACGCCACAACGGCUCAGAUCUCCGAUAUCGAUCAACCCUCGUCUUCAGCUGGCCACUUCCACGCGCUCUUUUUGCAGUCCUCGUCGUCAGAGGGCGCGUGCAUCGCGUUCGCCGCGCCCACAUUGUGCCCGUUCAGACUGUCCGAUCCAGUCUGCAUCGCAUCCUUUCGAUAGCUUGUCCUGGAUCUCUGCCAUGGAUGCAGCUCCGGAUCCGAACAUGGUCGAUGUUGCAGACCUCUCACAAGUUGCUGCCGACGUCGAUUUGGAUUUUACAGCUAGUGGGCGUGCCGGGCCCGUCCGCCGCCGCAAGACCUCGCUGCGUUCCAACCCUCUGGGACCCAAUAUCAUCGUGGCCAACCAAGGGUCGCCCCAUACACCACCAUCCCAACUUAAUCAUUCUCGCGUUCUUUUUCGCAAUCUCAUGCCCGUGCUUUCUUGCGAUCACAGCGCACGACACUAAUGCACGGCGCGCAGUCGCCGCUGGUUUCCACUUUACCUUCGCCACGCAUAAUCAUUUGCCGACAUGACCCAAGCAUGAUAUCCCUGCCAUAAUCUCGCAUAUCGUCUUACUCCAGUAUCUAUGAACUGCUCAACCGAUGUAUCCCCAAUCUCGUCUCAUCUCUCCCUCAUGAUAUACUAUGUUGAUAUGCCAAUCCCGUACUUGGUACACGCACAAGUAGUAUCUAUUUGCAUUCUCAUCUCUGUGUUUUAUCUGUCCCUCUGUUUUCGCACUGCUUUACCCUCUCGCAUAUGUCGUUACUCAAUCUGCAUGCCUCUUGCACGUGUCUGCCUUGCCUGUAAAUCGAGUCAUACUGAACAGAAGAGUUGAAUUUCUCGUCCACAUAUUGUGUGGUAUACGCCAAUCUGUUUCCUUCCUGCUGUCAUGUCUGGCCGAGUCAUCAAUUUUGGCGCAGGGCCCUCGGCGUUGCCGGAGUCUGUGCUACAAGAGGCCGCGAAAGGGUUGCUGAACUUUAACGGCACUGGCAUCGGCAUCGCGGAGAUCUCGCAUCGCUCGAAGGAGUUCACCACGUUUCUGGCCGGUCUAGAGAGCUUGAUUCGCACUCAGCUCGACGUUCCGCAAACACACAGUAUCCUCUUCACGCAGGGCGGGGGCACCGGACAGUUCUCUGCAGUGGUGCUCAACCUCCUCGCACGCCAUCGGCUGCUCCACCCGGACGUGCCAGACACUGAGCGGGCCCUGGACUAUGUGGUAACAGGCUCGUGGAGCAAAAAGGCGGCGGACGAGGGGCGCAGGCUGAGCGGCAGCAGCCCCGUGAAUAUCGCUGCCGAUUCGCGCUUGCAUUCGGUGGACGGAAAGUCGUUCGAUCGCAUACCACCUCCGAGCGCAUACAAGUUCUCUCCCGACCCGGCACUGAUCUUUUACUGCGAAAAUGAAACCGUGGACGGCGUGCAGUUCUCGGAUGAUGCGUCGUCGGACGCGUCUUUCCCCUUCCACCUGCUGCCGACAGACACACUGCUGCCCCUCGUCGGAGACCACUCCUCGUCGUUCAUGUCCCGUCCGAUCCCGCGCCUGGCGGACCACGCCGUGAUCUACGCCGGAGCUCAGAAGAACAUCGGCCCGGCGGGCUUGACGAUCCUAAUCGUGCGGAACGACUGUUUGGUGGAUGUAGAUGCUGCGGCCAAGCUCGGCGCUACGCCCGUACCCAUCACAAUGUCCUACAAAGCGACAGCGGACGGCCAGAGUCUGUACAACACGCCGCCGGUCUUUUCGAUCUAUUGUCGGGACUGGUGCUGCAGCGCAUGAAGGAUUUGGGCGGGAUGGGCUACUAUGAGUCGCUGAACAAGCGCAAGGCCGAUAAGCUAUAUGCAGCGAUCAAGGAGGGCGAAGACAAAGGUGUAUUCACAACAAGGGUGAGGCCGAAUUCGAGGAGUCUGAUGAACGUGGUGUUCAAUAUCCUCGGCGAUGGCGCUGAAGCCAAAUUUAUCGUCGGUGCUGAAGCCGAGGGUAUCAAGGCUAUCAAAGGACAUCGCUCUCGUCAGGGAUACGGGUUUCGCUCUACAAUGCAGUCACAGAGGAGCAGGUCGACGUUAUGGUGGCCUACAUCAAGACCUUCUUGGCACAGGAGUAGAGACGAAAGAAAGGAAAGCAGUCAUAAAAACAUGAUAUCCGACCGAAGGACGUAUUUGACUCCUUCCGUAACCUGUGAUCCCUCGUGCAACAUACAAUCCCGUCCAUGUCUUCGACCCAAUCGUUAACAGGGGCACCCGAAGAAUAAGACCUACGCACCGAUGUAAGAGCGCUGUCCCCCUCGUAAGAGGUGGCUUAAUGACCUCCCGAGUAUCAUCUCGGUAGAACAGCGUCUGCCAAGUUUGAGCCCAAGGGCAAAUGAAAUCGGGAUCCGAAACUCACCUCGCCGCCCCUCACUCCAUCUUCUUGGCCACUCAGAUAGAUCAGCAGUGUCCAUUCUGACCGCGCCCC